AUGAACAUUUAUAAUAAUACUCCAUUAAUAUUACAAGGUAUGAUUGCAGGAAGACGAACACAACUACUUAUCGAUUCUGGAGCAUCGCUCACAUUAAUUAAUCUUCAAUUCUUUCGACGAUUGCCACGGUAUUAUCGUCAAAGAGCAUAUCCCCCUCCAUCCAAUUUAUGUCUUCAAUUGGCGGAUAGAUCACAACUCGAUGUUAAAUAUGCAUUAUCACUCCCAAUAACCAUCUCCAACUCAACUCGUGUACAUAAAGUCUACGUGGUCCCAAAAUUAUGGCGUUCGUGUAUUAUUGGUAAUGAUUUAAUACGUGAACACAAUCUUCAAAUAGAUGGUGGACAACAAUAUGCAUACUUCAAAGCGAAGAAAAAAAAAUACGCAGCUGCAACAGGAAAGAAAAGAAACAAUUAA